AUGUCGAAGUCGCACCUUGCCAUCUUGGCUGCUCUUGCGGCUCAAGCGACGGCUGCCCAGCUUCCUUUUGCUCAGCUUUGCUCAGACCUUCCAAAAUGCUUGGGACAUCUUCCCGUAAUCAAUCCACCUCCCUCCCUUGAUUCCCCCGGAAGCACAGGAGGGCCACCCAAACAGCCACCUCUGGUUAUAGGUACAAGACUCCCCUGAUUGGAAAUUGAACAUUGCUCGACGGGUUGAUAUAUUGCUAACACUUCUCAUUAUUCAGGUGUAAUUGUAGACCCCAAUCGUACUGCUGAUCCUCGUGAUCCCAAUUGCCCAUCUGGACGCUGUGUCAUUGUGGACCCAAAGGAAAUUUGUGAUGGAAGCCAGCCACACUGUCUUCCCUUCGUAAACAUCAGAAAUCCAGUACUUGCUUGCGACCGGAGGUAUGGGAAGUGUCCUCCAGGUGGCUUCAUUCUUAAUCCUGAAGUCUCUUGUCAUUUACUGGAUACCAAGUGUCCACCGGGGGGCGUGUAUGUUCCCGUUAACCCCGGAGACAAAACUCCUCCUCCAUGGGUCAAACCUUGCUCAGCUGGUACAGUUGGCUGUUCCCAAGUAGGUGCUCCUAGAGAUUUUCCCCUUUUUGUGUUAAUCUUUGAAAUAUGAGAUACCAUUUCUUCUCAAACUUAUUUAUUCGCACCAAUGUUUAAUACCAAUCGUUGAGUAAUACACAAUGAUGCUGAUACUGGCACCUCCUAUAGGGAGUUGAAGUUACCAAACCACCCCAGUGGCCUCCAGUAGAUACUAGCAAGCCAAUUCCUGGUUAUCCCUACAAUCCACAGGCGGGCUGUAGCGCAACGACUCCAGGUUGCCAACCAGGUGGGGUGGUUGUCCCCUGGCAUCCCGACUAUCAGUGUGAUGCUCGAUACCCCGGUUGUCUUGACAAAGAGAUCCCUUCGAAGCCUGUUGACGGAACUGGCGAUCCAAUUUGUCCUCGUGGAAUUCCUUGCAAAAUUAUCAACCCUACGCCGUGUCACCCAAACGAACCAAACCAGCCAGCUGGAUGCUUACAGGUACUAUUUGAAACCCAAUUGUCCUUUUCCCAGGAGAGAAUAUACUAACAAUGCUACUAGGUUGAUCCGAUUCCUUGUAAACUUGGAAGCCCAGGAUGUGGUUCUGGAUCAAAGCUUCCUGAUCCAGUACAGGAGUGCGAACCUUACAGUAUCGGCUGUUCAAAAGAAGGUGUAAGACUUCCACCUCGCCCAAUUGUGCAUCCAGACGAGCCGGUAUUGCCCCCAGGCGAUUAUGCACUCGUUCCAGACACUACAGGUUGGUUUGUUCAGUUGUUGGUCACUGCAUUCUUCAAAAUUGAUGUUGAAGUUUGGUGUAUAAGAUAGUCUAACAAUAGUCAAUCUUGCAGGGAAUUUAAAGUGUGCUUGGAAAUCCAUCGACCCUGCGGCAAUUCCUCUGAACCCCCCUCCAAAAACUGUUACCGUCCUCAACCCACCAGAGACUGUUACAUUCUGCCCCGGCCAAGUAGUCCAACCAACACCAAAACCCAUCUUCGAAACUCAACCAACCCCACUUCCACAACCCACCCCAGAUGUAAGACCAACCCCAGAGGUGACCAGCAUCUCCUCACCCGCCGCCACAUCCCAGCCUCCAACAACUAUCAAGGAGACAGUCAAGGAAACAGUGAAGGAAACCGUAACCGUGACGGGUUCAUCUACUAAACCUCGCGCUCCAGUCUCCUCAACUCCACCACCACCAACUUCCAAAUUCGCCUGCUCCACGAGCGAUUCGGAUCCAUGCCUAGGCAACUCAGUAAAUCCCUGGACCAGGUUCACGCUCCCCCAUCAACCAGGGCAUCCUGUAACACCAUACACUACAACUAUCACCAAUCCUGAGGAUCACGAUCAAAUUCUCACUAUCACCGAUGACCUUCUCAAGUGGGAGAUUUUCACCGUUUGGCUCGAUGGAAAAGAACUUGGCGAUACGAGUGCUUCGACCCCAGAUUGGUUUGCUAACUGUGGCGCGCAACCUGAAGAUUGCAUCAAGAGAGGAUGGUCACAUGGAUAUUUCAAGAUUCCUCCAGGUAUGUACUAACUCAAACUAUUGUCAUAUGUGAGGAGAGAUUUCUGACGAAGGCGUAGGAACUCACCAGCUUAAGGUGCAAUGGACCAAGGGUGGCUGGAAAGAUGGAUUGUCCCCUGGUGGAACAUACAUCGGAGAUUCCAUGGGACAAUGGAAACUCAACAGCGAGUGCAAGUGCUAAGUGCUAAGUGAGCUUGAGACUGAAGACGAUUGCUACUGUUGUUUAUCAACUAAAUCAGAGCGGACCACUUUCAUUGACAACAGGAAGCAAUUGAGUAUUUCAACAAUACGGCGGAUGGGUAUUAUAUUGACUGUAAUUUCAUUCGUUGAUUCAAUUUAGUUAAAGUAGCGUUAUAAAAACCGCAAUUUGC